UUGCUCCAUCUGUCUGUGUUUUUUUUUGUGUUGCUCUGCUUUUUCCCAACCAAUUGACUUGGGGGCGACCCUAUUGCAUCUGUGUUUGUCUUGUCUAGCGGUGGAAGCUGGUCGCUGGUGAUAUUGUGACGGCCAAUUGGCGACCUGUCCAGGGUGGUAUUUACUUUAUCACAUUCAUGGCCAAGAACAGUGCUGAUCCUAAAGAUGCUGAGAAAGAAUAUGAAGCUCAAGUCUAUCGGAACUUUACUGGUGUGUGUGUGAUGGAGCUGUUUCGUGUGAAGGGCCAGAAGGAAGCGAUUCAAGAAAGUCCAAACCGGUGGAGGAUGAUCAUGUGUAAUGGAUGGGCCACAAGUUUAUAUGCAAGUGAAGGAGAUUGUACAAGCGACUUUUCCGUCUUUGAAGUGGGAAUUGACCUCGGUCAUGAGCACAUGCAGGAUGUUGUUGGGUUGCUAUUCAAAUACACUAUGCUCGAUCUUGCAGCAGUCUGGUGUAUGCAAAUGGAUAUUCGAUGA